AUGACGACAAUGGAUUUGCGUGUUGGCAAUAAGUACCGUAUUGGUCGAAAGAUUGGCAGUGGUUCUUUCGGUGAUAUCUACUUGGGCACCAAUAUUAUCUCUGGAGAAGAGAUUGCUAUCAAACUCGAGUCCGUCAAGGCUAAACACCCUCAACUUGAGUAUGAAGCUCGUGUCUACAAAUCCCUCGCCGGUGGUGUUGGCAUUCCUUUCGUCCGCUGGUUUGGAACCGAAUGUGACUACAAUGCCAUGGUUCUUGACCUUCUAGGUCCUAGCUUGGAAGACCUCUUCAAUUUCUGCAACCGCAAGUUCUCCCUCAAGACCGUACUCCUUCUGGCCGAUCAACUCAUUUCUCGAAUCGAAUACAUUCACGCCAAGUCUUUUAUCCACCGUGAUAUCAAACCAGACAACUUCCUCAUGGGAAUUGGCAAGCGAGGAAACCAAGUUAACGUGAUUGACUUUGGUUUAGCCAAGAAAUACCGUGACCCCAAGACUCAUUUCCACAUCCCAUACCGUGAGAACAAGAACUUGACGGGUACGGCUCGCUAUGCCUCCAUCAAUACCCAUCUUGGCGUCGAACAAUCUCGACGGGAUGACAUGGAGUCUCUUGGCUAUGUCAUGCUCUACUUCUGUCGUGGCUCUCUUCCCUGGCAAGGUCUCAAAGCCGCUACCAAGAAGCAGAAGUACGAUCGAAUCAUGGAGAAGAAGAUGACCACCCCCACCGAGGUUCUUUGCCGUGGUUUCCCCAACGAAUUCGCCAUCUAUCUGAACUACACUCGAUCUCUUCGCUUUGACGAUAAGCCAGACUAUUCCUAUCUAAGGAAGAUCUUCCGUGAUCUUUUCGUUCGCGAAUCAUUCCAGUACGACUAUGUCUUUGACUGGACUGUGUACAAAUACCAGAAGAAUGCUCAGGCCAUCGCUCAAGCCGCUGGAAAUCAACCUGCUCAGGAGGAAGAAGAGAAGCAACCGCGCCGUGGACACCCUGGCACUGCGGCCGCCACUGGAGCCCCCACUCCACAACACACUUCUCAAGCCGGUAAGCCAGCGGCCAUCUCCAGCACUCGACGCAAGGUCAUCGAACGCGGCAAUGGCAACGACCAAGGAGGCAGUGAUAGGAUGUGA